CUCCGGUCCCGGCUCCCCUCCCUUUCCCCCUCUCUCUCACUCCGGGACGGCGGUGGUGCGGCCUGGGAAGCGCGGGCGCGGCGGGCCCCGGUGUCUCAACCCUGCCGCUGCCUGGAGCACUGGGCCGCGGGGCCGGGCGGGCCGGGGAGGGAGCCCUGGCGGCUCCCGGUGUCCCCUCAGCGGGACGGGCCCGGUGCUUCCCAGGCUGGAGCUGAACCUGCCGCGGGAGGAGCUCCCGGCACCGGCCCGGCCCUGGGUCCCCUUUCCAGUAUAGCCACAAGCGGGCUGGGCUGGGAUGAAUUGUGGAAACAAACGGGUUUGAAAUCCCGGCUGGUUUGGCUGAUUCUGGCCCUGCCUCCGGCAGCAGCCCCAGCCCCGGGUUUCCCCUCCGAAAUGCACCAGGAGCUCGCAGUGGGCGUGCCAGGUUCUGCCCGGCAGUGAGAGGCACGCUCGAGAUGCGUUAGUGACACGGCAGGCGAGGAGCUCAAUGUCCGAGGGGAGAACCAUAAAUCCCGUGUUCCUUCCCACCCAUUCCUGCGGCUCAGAUAGUUUGCCACCUGCCAAGUUGGAUGAAGAGUCUCAACUUCUUCCAGUUGUCCCUUUAAAACAUUUCUUAUUUCUCCACUUCCUUCUCCCCAUGGAAGACAGGCUGGGCUUCCUUUUCUGCUGUUCAUGCUGAGCAGUUGCUUGGAGAGGUGGUGCUUGAGUGGAGAUACACCUGGUGAUGAUACAAAUGUGGGAAUCACCCCGGAUGUGGUUGCUGCUGGUGCUCCCCUGGGAACAUGCCUUGAUAGGGAAUUAACACCAGUCAGUGAUGGGCUGUGGGACCAGCAAAGUGCUUCCCGAGCCCCCCAAGGAUGUGCAGCUAGACCUGGUUAAAAAAGUGGAACCUUACACGGGCCACAGUGACAUCUACAAGCAUUUCAUCAAAGAUGACUGCGGGGCUGUCAUCAAAGCUGGCUCUCCCUCCCCUCCCCACCACACCAACCCCUCUCCCGGGAGCGCCCUGCCCGCCCAGCAGCCCGAGCCCCGCAAGAACAAAGUGGCCAAGUACCGCGCCAAGUUCGACCCGCGCGUGACGGCCAAGUACGACAUCAAAGCGCUGAUCGGCAGGGGCAGCUUCAGCCGCGUGGUGCGCGUGGAGCACAAGGCCACCAAGCAGCCCUACGCCAUCAAGAUGAUCGAGACCAAGUACCGCGAGGGGCGCGAGGUGUGCGAGUCGGAGCUGAGCGUGCUGCGCCGCGUGCGCCACACCAACAUCAUCCAGCUCAUCGAGGUCUUCGAGACGCAGGACCGCGUGUACAUGGUCAUGGAGCUGGCCACUGGCGGAGAGCUCUUCGACCGCAUCAUCGCCAAGGGCUCCUUCACCGAGCGGGACGCCACGCGCGUGCUGCAGAUGGUGCUGGACGGAGUGAGGUACCUGCACACGCUGGGCAUCACCCACCGCGACCUGAAGCCCGAGAACCUGCUCUACUACCACCCGGGCACCGACUCCAAGAUCAUGAUCACCGACUUCGGGCUGGCCAGCGCGCGCAAGAAGGGGGACGACUGCCUGAUGAAAACCACGUGUGGCACCCCCGAGUACAUCGCCCCCGAGAUCCUGGUCAGGAAGCCCUACACGAACUCGGUGGACAUGUGGGCGCUGGGGGUCAUCUCCUACAUCCUCCUCAGCGGCACCAUGCCCUUCGAGGACGACAACCGCACCCGCCUGUACCGGCAGAUCCUGAAGGGGAAGUACAGUUACUCAGGCGAGCCCUGGCCCAGCGUGUCCAACCUGGCCAAGGAUUUCAUCGACCGCCUGCUGACGGUGGACCCCAGCGACAGGAUGACGGCCCUGCAGGCCCUGAAGCACCCGUGGGUGGUCAGCAUGGCAGCCUCCUCCUCCAUGAAGAACCUGCACCGCUCCAUCUCACAGAACCUUCUCAAGAGGGCUUCCUCCCGCUGCCAGAGCACCAAGUCAGCUCAGUCCACCCGCUCCAGCCGCUCCACCAAGUCCAACAAAUCGCGGCGCGUGCGGGAGCGGGAGCUGCGCGAGCUCAACCUGCGCUACCAGCAGCAGUACACGGGCUGAGCUUGAGUCUCUGGAAAGGAAAAUUCAAAAGGAGGACCCCUGCCACAGGUCUGCUCUGCCCUGCAGGUGUGCACACACUCAGUGAGGAACUGCCAGGUUCCUCCCUCCCUCCCUGCAGGAGGUGUCCCCCUCACCCCGUGCGGAGGAAAGGGAACCUCGUGGUGGCCGUGCCAGCCUGCGAGGGUCUCGCACCAGGAACGGGGGAGUCCUUGUGGGCUCAGAGCCUCAAGGAAUUAAGGAGCCACGUGGGGAGAAGAGCUCUUUCUGUAGCCCAGGAGCUUGGUUGUUCAUAGUUAUUUAUUAAUUCCAGAGCGUUUAGUUUGUCUCACUUGUGUACGGAAAAAAGAAGCAAUCACUUGGUGUGUCUGUGCGUGCACGUCCGUGUGUGCACACACACGUGUGGGGGUGUAUAUGUAUUUAAAAAUUAUGGAUACUCAGAUUUUGGGCUGGUUUAGUCAGACUCCGUGGUGCCUUUGCAGCGAAGCUGGAGUGAGUCAUGUGCAGUUAGAAGUGGGAUAGCUGUGACUCACUGCUGUGCUGCCCACCAGCUCCUCGCCAAAGAGAUGCCAGACAGCAGUUUUCCACCAGGGCUGGGAAGCUGUGAGGUUUCCCCCAAGGGCUGCCAUCCUCCUGAUGACGUCAAGGGCUCACUUGAUGACAUCAAGGGUUUACCCCUGGAAUUGUCCUUUCCCUGUUUGCAGCAAGACCAGUGCCUGUCACGCAGGGUUUGUCGUUCUUGUGGCUCUGUUGUGUCUCUGACGUGUUGCACACCUUGCACCCUUCAGAAGAAGAUUGAGAAGGUUUUUUUGUGCUAAGGGAAAAAAAGAGGAGGGAGAUUUUAGGGAUGUGCUUCCCACCCCAGAGGUGGGAUGGGCUAUAACCACUGUAAGCACAGUCUUACUGACCAUAUCACUGCACCAGAACCUUGGUGCUUUCAGGCUGCUUCCUGCCUGCAGAUUUGACAGGGCUCCCCUGCUUUGUGUGCCUGUGCAGCCCCAGCACUGCCACCCCUGCUUUGGGACAGUGGUGGUGGGAGCUCUUGGGGUGGCCACAAAUGGCUCCACAGCAUCAGGGUAGGGGCUUGGGUAGUGAAAGCCCAGUCUGGGAGUGUCAGCCAUGACAAUACCCUGGAGACAUUGUACAAAUGCCCUAGAGCUGUGAGGGGUGACUUAAGUUCACCAGGAAAAAGCUGCCUUUGAGGAGUCCUUGUGCUGUGUGGGUGAUGAGGUGGCCUCUUACAAAGGACUCUCAGGGGAGGUGGAGGCUGCAGAGCUGAGCUUUCUGCGAGCCUGCUGGGAUUCUCUUCCCAGCUAGUUAGGGCAGCAAAGUGGGGCUGAUGGCACAGACACCAUCAGGAUGGAUUUGGCUUCUCAUGGUAGCAGAGACAAGAUCAGCAGUGAAGGAAAAUGCUGGGGUUUGAAACUUUUCUUACAAAGCCACACGAUUUGCUUUGUGCUGUGCACUUGGGAAGGGCUUGCUUGGCUCUGGGCUGGAGAUGCAGGCAAGUCCCAGCUCAAGGAUCUGGUGAGCUUGGCUUUUCCUAGGAUUGAUGGCUGUGCCACUGUGUUUCAGUGUCAGCAGGGCUGAAGUGGUCAGUCCCAUCUCCAGGGAGCUCUCACAGUCACUCCCAGUCAGCAAACAGCAAAGCAGCUUUAAUGGGGGAAGAUUGGAGUUUUCUGUGCUAAGGUAAAAAAAAAUAAAGGGGGAUUUCUGGGGGUGUGCUCCCACCCCAAAUGUGGGAUGGGCUGUAACCAGCCUGGUGUGCCAAGCAUGUGGUGGAAAAUAGAGCAGACACUUGAGGACAGCCACUGUGUGUAGCAGGAGUGAAUUCAAAAUCCUUUGUGUGGUUUUUCAUGUUACUUUGAAAACCUCACAUCCUUUGCAGGCUGCCCUUGCUCUGAGCAACCCAUCCUCCCAUGUCACACGCAGUCUUUCAUCCAUCAGCAUUAACAGAUACUUUAGAAUUUCCUGUAUUUGUUUUUUUCAACUCUGUGGACUGCAGACAAAAAUAUUUUCAGCAUCUUUUUACCUCCUCACAUUGUUUUUCCCUAGUUUGUUACCAGGAACUAUAAACUAGAUGUGAUUUCUGACAAAGCAGGCAGCUUGCCACGUUUUGCUUCAUAAACAGUUCAGUGUCCUCAUGGUCCUGCAAACAGCUCCCCAAAAGCAGGAGCCCCUCUUGGGCCAGGAUCAGCUGGACCCUGGGGUCCUGCAGGUCAGGUGGUGGCAGGAGGCUCUCUGGGAGCACUUCUGGUUCUGAGCCAUUACUUGAAGAGGCUUUGGUGUGUUUGGAGCAUCACUCCAGGCACUGUGAUUGCUUUUACCUCCUGGCUGCUCCCAUGGCCCUCCCCAGAUUAUCCUGCAUUUUUAUCCAUAAAACAGGGAUUUUAUUUUGCCUGUGUGAGGGGGUCAAACUGAUGAACUGAGCCAACUGAGUCUCUGGAACUGAGACCCUUCCCCUUAACCACUAGACUGUCAAAAUGCACAGGCAUCAUGCAGAGAUCUGCCCAUGCUGUUCCUUUAUCCUUCCCUUAUGGGAUGAGGAAUGCAUAAAGCUCUGGGCUAACCAGGCUUCUUUCUCCACCUUCACAAAGCAGAACAAGAAUCUUCUCUUCUGUGGCAAUUUUUGCUUCAUUGAUCUUUUCCACAACCGUUUUUUCACCAGGGGAAGUUCAGAGUGAUCGUUUGUGGUUGCUUUGGGCUGGAAUGUGUUUUGAGGAGCAGGAGGUUGCUGUGCAGGUUCCUGACAGUGCCAGGAUUUGGUGGUGAUGCUCUGUGGCUGGGGGUGAAUUGGCAGAAGGAGGAUCCAUCCCAUAGCUGAGAAUGCUGGAUAUUUGCAUCUGCCUCUCCAUGGUAUUGAGGUGUGUGCAGUCCUCAGGCACUCCACUGCUUGGGAACUGUGGGAAGAGGACCAAGGCCAUCCCAUAAAGAGCUUUGGCUUUUCUAAAAAAAGAACUCUAAUUCUUCUCACAAAUGCAAGGUUUUCUUGUUUGCAUGGGAAAAUCUUUACAGACUUUCCUUCCAUAGUUCAAUUUUAACUCUUGGCUCACUCCCUCUUCUGUUUCUAAAUCCAAUAUUCAUAGGAGCUUUGCAGCCAGACAAUAACAUGUGGCCAGAGGGGAGAUGAGCAGAGCUCUGUCCAAGUGACCCUGGAGUCCUCAGAGAUCUUUCCCUCAGUCUGGAAAACUGUGGUGUUCCAAAUGCCACGUUGGAAGGUCCAGCUUAAGAACAAUUCCUCAGGUGCUUUUAUUCUUGCAAGUGGGACAGGUUUUCAGUUGGUCUGGUGUGGAGGGGGACAGGCAAAGUGCUGUAAUUCUGAGCCAUGGUCCAGGUGCCUUCAAUCUGUCCUCUAAGAAGCUCUUCACUGUGAAUUACCUUGAUCAUCUGUCUUCAUUCCACAGGAGCAGCUCAGUGCUCAGUUGGUCUUAAAUCUCAGGAGUUUACAUUUUUCAGGAGUGCCUUUUUUGGGGAUUUUAGAAACUAAAAUCUCUCUGAAAUGGUUUUUUCUGCUCUUUCAUUUAUUUUUUUUAAUGUCCUUCUUUGACUCUUAAUGGUGGUUCUUAAUUAGGCUCACAGGGUUUUUUUGGGAAGCUUCCCUCCUGAAUGUGCAGGGAGGACAGAAGUGACAUCUGCCUGUUCCAGACCACUACAAAUCUGAGUGCUUCUGUUUUGCCUGCUCUGACUCACGCAGGGGAGGUGGAGUUGGAAUGACACCUAGUGGCAAAUUGUGGUGUGUCCUUGUCCCAGCACAGCCCCCUCCUCGCUGCUCUUUGAGGAGUAAAAAGGGAAUUAGGGUAGUUUGUCUUUUGGAACUUAGCAGUACUGUGUAAAACAAUCCCAUCCUUUUGUCCUGGGAGUUUGGCUGCUCUCUCAGGGGAGAGAAUUACAGCUUCAAAGAAUGUGGCCUGUUGGUUCCUUGAUUUUUAUUAUUUUUGUUGAAGGUUAUUGGAAAAGAAUGUGAAAAAGUCUUACAAAAAUUGCAUUAAGGAGUCUAAAGAUUUGCAUCCAGGUUUUUGAGUGUGUAGUGUAUUUUCCUAAAACAGCAGUUAUCAGUCCAUUUUUUAUUUACUUCUCCCUCAGGCUUCUGAAAAUCCUAACACAUGAGCCCAGUGGGGGUAGAAACCACCCUUCCUGAAGAAGCCUGUGCUGUUGAACACUGCAGCUGUGAUAGCAUCCAGAUGCUCCUGCCCUGUGUUGUUCUUGGAAGCACACAGCUGUAUGUGGAGGAGAGCUUGAGAGCCUUGUGAGGGGCUUGGGCUCAGACUUGGCUUUGGUAGUGAUGUGGAAAGCAGCUGCAGUGCAGGGCCUGCUUCACGUGUUUGUUCUGGAUGUGAUAAACCCUCAUGCUCUCCUUUGGAAUCUGGGCAUUUUCCUCUUUUAGGUGAGAUAUUUUCUGUUCUGGUGAUUUACACUAUUUCUGAGGCCCUGCCCUAUUGCUCAGUCCUUUUUUCUACCUGGGUGUUUGGCUGCAGUACUAAGAGAGUCAGUUUUUAUCUGAUGCACAAACUGGAAUAGGAAUGAUGGGCAGCAGCUCUGGCUUUGGCUCUGCAGGAGCUGUGGCAAGUCCAGGGGCAGGGAGAAGCUUCCAUGUGGUGCCUUUGAGGACCUGCAGUGCAGGCUCAGCUCAGUCUUGUACCACAUAGGGCAACCACUGUGUGGCUGUUACAGCUUCUGGUUAGGCUGUGUGGGGCUGUAUUGGUUUAAGUAAUGAUAUUGAAGAUUUGGGGGGUUUGAGGUGGGAUAAAUUAAAAUCUCAAUUGUUUGACUUAAUUUCGUUUUCUAAAUGAUGCAAAGCAACACAGACAUUGGCUUCUUUGGCACCAGUGUGAGCCCUAGAAUUUGCAGGGAAGUUGGGUUGUCCAGGCCUCUCACCCACUCAGUUUUCUCCUGGAAAGUGUCUCAAAGUGCCUGUACCACCCUGCAUGAACCCAGUCCCAAGUUGCCUUCACCACUCUUUGGAGGGUUUUGGUGCUUUUUUUGACCACUCAGUCUCCUCUUUCACCCUGGACUAUGAGUGCAGCACUCCAAGGCAGGUGCCUGCAUGUCAGCUGUGCCUUACUGUGCAGGAAACUUCCCAAAGAAAUAAAUGUGAACACCAGGGUCAUGCUGUGGCGAGCGGCAUCACAGAGCUCAGUGUGCCAGGGGCAGCAGGAGCUCUGCCUGUGACAAUUGUCCCUUUCCCACUGUCCUCCCCUGCCUGGUGAUGCUGCAGGCGUGUGAUGGGCGAGCUCUGGCUGCUGUUGCAGAGGGCACUGCACUGUUUGUUUGCUGAAUGUGGAAUCGGUUCCUGGAGCAGUGAGUGUGUUACAAAGCAGCAGCUCCUGGUGUUACAAAGCAGCAGCUCUGAUGCCCUGAGCUUUCCUGUUGCCUUUCCCUACGGAAGGACCUCCCAGGAAGCCCUUGGAAUCUGACAUCUUCCUGCACUUGCUGUUAUUUUUGGUUGCCCAGUUUCCGCUGCUGGGUUGGAACGGUUUGGAAGCGACUCUGGUCUCACCCACUUGGUCUGUGUCACAUCCAGUGUCCUGUUCUGUGCCUUGCCUUUCGAGUCCUGGCUUUACUCUAAGGACUGUCCUGUCACAUGAGGUGGGACCCAUUGUAAUUAGUCUGUAAUGUUCACAUUAGAGUGUACAGAAUUAUUUAUUUGUUGUACUCAUUCUGCUAAAACAUGUCCAUGUAUUCUGUGUACCCCACGUCUCUGCUGUCCUUACUUGUGCCUGGUGGAUCACCUGCAGGCUGGCUGCUGGAAGGCAAUUCCAGGCCUGAUUUCCAGGCUGGGAAUGAUGGUCAGUAAGUCCAUGGGGACCCAGGAGGUGCUCAGCCCUCUGUUAUGUUCAUAGAUCACAGCAACAGUACCAAAGUGCCCAUCAGAGGGUUUGCUGGUUUCUGUACUGCAGCUGCCCAAGGGAGACCUUGUGCAGGGCUGGGAUGUCCUUGGGGUGCCCUGGAUGAGGCAGGCACUCAGCCUGUGGCUGGAAGGUGCAGCUGGGAGGCUGAACAGGCACUUUGGGACAUUCUGUUUAUUUUUCAUUGGCUGCAAGGUGGUAGACUGGGCCAGAGGAAUGCUCUGGUUUGUCCACAGCCACUCAUCACCUCUCCAGUUUUACUCUGAGCAGCUUUUAUGGAUGAACAGGAAAACUUGUGAACAAUGCAUACCCCUUUUGAGACACCUCCUCUCCAGGAUUUUCCAAGGGCAGGGGACCCCAUCCCAGUGGGGCAGAGCUGACAGAGAGCCCAGCACACAGACCAGGUGACCCACAGUGCUGCAGUUGGUCAUUCCUGUUUGAAGUUCCAUAUAGCCCCAGUUCUCUCUGCCUGCAUGGUCCAUCCCCACAUCCCUGUUCACUUGCCUUUAAGGUCAGUUAGAUGCUCCCUGCAGGGCAAACCACUAAGAAAACUCUCUUAUUGACCACUAAAAUUUGUUAGCCCUAGGCUUUACUUGAGCAGAUAUGCAUUUAUUUUAACUCAAUCAUAUGGGCCAGAUUGUUAAUGUUUGCCUUCCAUUGAUGUUCCAUACCCCUCCCAUCAGUGUGUCCCUGUGUAAUGUCACUCUCUGCUUAACAGAGUGAUUACACUUUGGGGGCUGUGAUUCACACAGUAUCACCUUCACAUCCCUGGUAAGGAAAACUAAACCCCACACCUCCUGUUGGGACAGUCUGAUCCUGCUUCUUUCCACAGUGCCUUAUCACCAGCUCUAUUUGGAGCUGCUGGGAGCUGGAUUGUAAUUCAUUGAGCAUGUGUCUUGCUACUCCCAUGUCACAGAAGAUUUUUUUUUCCCCCCCAGCCAUUGUCUCAGGAACCCAUUUGAGUAAAAGCCUGUCACCUGGCUUGAAAUUUGUUUUCAGCUUCAAAUUUUCGUUUGCAAUUGCCUGCAGUUUCCUGCUGCUACCUGGCAGCUCUGCAGGGGUGAAGCAGUGUGCUGUCCUCCAGCCAUCCCCUUCCACCAUCCCCAGGAGCUGGAGCUGCCUGUGGCACUUCUCCCUUUCAGCUGUGUUCUCAGCUGCUACAUGAGUCAUGGCUCUAAACUGCAGGCAGGGAUCCUUUAGGAUGCUGUGCCCCCACCAACACCCACCUCCCACUGCAGCUGGGCAAUCCUUUCUGGUGCUGAGCUGCAGCUCCACACUCCCUUCCCUGGUGGCACCUGGGUCAGUGGGAGGACCAUUCUCCCAACCUUCAGCACUGCCUGGAUUGGUGCCAGGGUGUGCUUGAAGACCCCCUGAGCCCCAGCCAGCCCUGCUUCCCCUCUUCCUGAGCAUCCUGUUCUAGUUUGGCAGUUCCCCCUGGGUCCCAGUUGGGCACCAAGCUCCAGCUCUGGGAAGCAGAGAAGCCCCAGGCUCCUCCAUGUAUCUUCCACCCCACUCUGCAUCAUGAGAAGAAAGGAGGCAGAGACAGUGCUUGGCCCAAGCAAAAGCUGCUACUUUAUUACUUUAUUAAUGCCAGUGAAGGGAUCAGGCUGGCAGCAGCUUUACCCCUGAGCAACAACAGCAUCGAUCCAGUUACGGAACUGGCUGACACGAGUGUACAUGGCCGGCGUGUUGAUGUUGCAGUUGGAGGAUCCCCAGGAGACAAUGCCAAUCAAGGUCCAGCCAUUCCCAGUCUGGUACACCAGAGGUCCACCAGAGUCACCCUGUGGAGAGGAUUCCUGCUUAGUGCUCCUGGCACAUGCUCCAGACUGGUCCCAGCCACCUGAACCUCUGCGCACAGCCGGGUGUUGGGGCUUAAAUAGAGGGGUCUAUAAGGGCAAGACCCGGUGUCCCCUGCUCCUCCACCCUCCCUGUGAUGCCAUGGAAGCUCAGCAAGACCCCUCAUAUCCUCCUCCACCCACCCUGUGCAGCUAGAGCUUGGCUCCUUACCUGGCAGGAGGUGGCACCAGCCCCACCGGCACAGAUCAUGGAGCUGGUGAUCUGAUUGCCCCAGUACUGCAUGCACUGGCUCUGGGAGAUCAGGGGCACGGUCACCUGCUGCAGGACUGCUGCCAAGGCUUGGGCUAGGGGAAAGAAGCACCAUUAGAUCACCUCAGUGUCUCUGGGUUUCCUGGAGUGCACACAGGUGCUCUGGGCAAGCUUUCACUGGUGCACGGGUGCUACCAUACAAAGCACCUUCCUCCUCUGUGCCAACAAACCCCUUCUUCCCCAGGAUCACCUCAUGCAGGCAGCCCAGAGAAAGGGCAGGCUUGUGCCUGUGCACAUCCAUCCCUGGGUUACACACACACACCCAGCCCCUCAGCACACGCCUGCACCUGUGUGCACACUGGUACACGCUCAGACAGGGCUGUUCCACUGCCCGGCUCUCCCCCUUCCCACACAUACAGGAGAUGUGACCCCCACAAGCACCCCUGGACCUUCAGAGCCCCAAGGAAGAAGAGCAGCUACACACAGCCCUCCCUGAGGCUGCAGCUCACGUACAGUUGGGGUUGGUGCGUCCCCAGCCGGUGGUGACAGCCCAGGCGUUAUAGGGCAGAGCCAGGUUGGCAGGGGCCAGGCAGAUGGUGGACACACGGGCCCCCAGCUGGGCAGGCGUGGACAGCCUCAGCAGGGUGAUGUCAUUGUUCAUGGUGUUGGGGUUCCAGCCAGGGUUGGUGAUGGCCUGCAGAGACAGAAACAGCGCAGCCCUUCAUGGCUGCCCCGUGGGAGCAGCCCCCGCUCGGAGCUGCAGCCCCGCCCCAGGACCCGCCCGGCUCACCCUGGACACGGUUUUCACUUGGACGGGCUCGCUGUUGGAAGUAAGGCUGUAUUCCCCCAGGACAACAACGUGGGAACGUGGGCUGUGAGAGGUAAGAGGGAGUCAGGGGUGGUGUCCAGCCAGCACCCAGGGUGGGAGCAGCACUGGGGCAGCCACCAUGGGGACAACUGGGGAGGAAGCCCUGGGCUGCUCAGGCCUUUGGGGCUGACCCGAGUGCCACUCAGAGAUGCCCAGGAUGCUCUGAGCCCCUGGCCCUGCCAGCAGCACUGGCAUGGGCUGGCUGGGCAUUGCUCCUUACUUGAAGUUGCAGUGGGCAGCUGUGACGACCCAGUACUGGUUGAUCAAGGAGCCGCCGCAGAAGUGGGAUCCUGUGGUGGUCUGGGGAGGGAAGAGAGGGGAGGAGCUGGGGCUGGGCAGGCUAACACCCCCAAGCUGGGGACAGGCAGAGGUCCCCCAACAGCUGGCCAUGCCAGUGCUUAGGGCAGUGCCCAGGGAGGGGGACAGUGCUGUACCUGCAGGGACACCUGCCAGGGCCAUGAGCCGGGCACGGCGUUCUGCCCAUUGACAAUCCUCUCGCUGUAGGCCACCGAGGGACUGAUGGCGGGCACCCCGCAGCCUGCAGGAGAGGCACAGGGGACAAGGGUGACCCAAAAGCUCAGGACUCAUAUCUGGGGGCUGCCUGUGCCUGUGGGUGGCUGUGUCACCCUCUUUGGCAUCCUGCUGCAUCCCAAGGACCUUCCCACACCCAUGGGCAGCACUUACCUGAGACUGUGCUGGCAAGGGCCAGGCAGGCAACUACCCACAGGAAUGCCAUCCUGAAAGGAGAUAGUCUGAACCCCUGGGCACCACGAGCUUUUAUAGCAGCCAGGGUGCCAUGUGGCUCAUAAGUGACCAGGUUAAGGUCCCCCUGUGGCCUUGUGACACAUUUAGGCAGCAGUGACGGGCCAAGCCUGGCACACACACAAAGAGGAACGUGGGAAGGUGCUGUCAAAAGACACCUGGGGAGUUUGGGCUUUUGCUGUCGUGGGUUGUGUUAGUUCUGACUGCAGGCUGUGGAGUUGGGGCAGGAAGCACCACAGGGCUGUGCUGGAGGGCACAAGAGGCUGGUUGUGGGCACACAGCUGGGGUAGCAGUGGGGCUGGACAUGCUGGCAUGGGCACCAGUUCCUGUGGUGGGAGGUCAUCCCGUGCUCAGACUUGUUUCAGAUCUACUGGGACUAGAGCUGUUUUUUCACAUGGCCAUGAAGUCCUGGCCUGGGCCCACCUGGAUGUUCCCAGGGCUCAGGGUUGAACACUUUGAACCAUGUCUGAGGUUCACAGGAGCAAGUCCCACAGCCAGUGGGGGCAGGUGGGGAGAGCAGACACCUUCCCAGGCAGGUGGGAGUGUGGCCAGCUGGGCAAGCACACCAUGAGCCCCAGGGAGGACAGAGGGCACCUCCCCAAGCUGAGGUUGAGCCCUUCACUGAGCAUCCCCCUAGCACUGUAGCCACCUCACCCAGGACUGGGGAACAUCAGCCCCCUCUGUCCUGGUCAAUGGGGUGUGUAGUGUGUGCAUUAUCCCCUGUGUCCUGGGUGAUCUCCUGGGCUAGCACAGGGUGCAGGGAGCCAGGUCUGGGGGGAUGCUGAACCUGGGGGUGGAUCCCUCCCUCUCUGUGCCACCCACAUACCCCAACCCUCCAGGGAGCAGAGCUGGACACUGGGGUGCAGAG